CAAAUGAUUUGAUAUGUGGCAAUCAGUUUCUAUGUACAAAAGAGCCAUUUAGAAAGUUAUAUCGACCGCUACGCGGCUCUCUUGCAAUACUGGAAUAGAGCAGUGGAACAACUUGUGAUCCGUUAUAUAUUACGGAUAGUGUCAACACGGCCUUUAUUCUUGUAGUGGAUUUAAACAUGAAAGAAAGCAAUUUGUGUGCAUUGAUAAUAAAAGUUAGAGCUAAAUUAAGAUUUAUACCAAACCAACGACCAUCCGCUGACGUCUGCGCUGGCCCUAUGGUCAAAGGCGUCUCGAUGACUAAGAAUGACCUGCAUUCGGACGCGUGCACACUCCUGGGUAUCUUACGCCGGAACGAAGACAGACUGAAUGAUGCCGGUAAACAGCUGGUGAAGCAGAACCGGAAGUACGCUUGUGACGUGUUCAUGCACGAAGUGGACGGUUGGACGCCGUUCCACGCGUUUGUUUUGCGAGGCGCUCGCAAAAUGGUGAAACUUUGUCUUAAGGCGGGCGUCGACGUGAAUUUGACUAUGGGAUCUCCUGACGGCGUCCCGGGCGGGUGCACAGCGAUCCACCUGGCCGCCCACCGCGGUGACGUCAGUAUGAUCGAUGUGUUGAUCUCAAACGGAGCUGAUUUAAAUGUGAGGGACAACAAUGGUACCACCCCGGUGGUGUACGCGUCCUUGGCCAAUAAUAGUCUCGCAGUGCGGACAUUGCAGCGCGCAGGCGCGGACGUGACCGGAUGUGACGUGAACAGUAAACAUAGUUCAGAGGAUAUGGGGUCAUCCCCGAUUAAGUGCCUUUUACCCUUUGUUUGCUCAGGGGGACGACGGUAGCAUAACGUGAUAGCUCAACCAUGUGAUCCAAGCAUCAUGAGCAGCAGCA